AUGGCGCUGCGUGGCUUUCGGAAGGCCUUGCGCGCUCAGCCGCGCGGUGGAGGUUUGAGGCUGCUCGAGGCGCUGAGAAGCACUAAAGAGGAGGGGCCAAGCUUCAUCAUUGAGGCCAGCCUUUGCGUGAACGAGCUCAGCAAGAGGCCAAAAGAGUUUGACACGGAGACAUGGGAGGAGAUCGCCCACUACUGCACGCCACUCAUGUCCAAGAUGCCGGCGCAGAAUCUAACGCUCACCGUGAAUGCCUUGGCGCACGCGCGGGUGUCCAACUGGACCAGCGCUGCCGAGGAGGCGCUCAUGGAGGUGCGGGAAGGAUUCGACCGGUCGGAUGGUGGUUGA